GCGGUGUUGUCCUGCGGGAGAGUGUGAGGCGCCGGUGAUAGCGAAGGUGGGAGACGGCGGGGCGACGGGAGCGCUUGGACCUCGUCCGCGACGGCGAGGAUGCGUCGGCCUCGAGGAUGGAGACCCUGAAAGUGAAGGACCGGAUCCUGGAGAACAUUUCGCUGUCGGUGAAGCAGCUCCAGGGUUACUUUGCUGCCUGUGAAGAUGAAACUCCAGCAAUUAGGAACCAUGACAAGGUUCUACAAAGGUUGUGUGAACACCUGGACCAUGCCCUACUCUAUGGUUUGCAGGAUAUUUCCUCUGGAUAUUGGGUAUUGGUUGUGCACUUUACACGCAGCGAAGCAGUGAAGCAGAUUGAAGUGUUGCAACACGUUGCCACAAAUCUUGGUCGUAGUCGGGCCUGGCUGUAUCUCGCACUAAAUGAGAAUUCAUUAGAGAGCUACUUAAGGUUAUUCUGGGAAAAUCAGACCCUGCUUCAUAAGUAUUACUUCAAGAAUGCCCUGGUCUGUAGUCAUGAUCACCUGACCCUCUUCCUCACACUUGUUUCUGGUCUGGAAUUCAUCCGAUUUGAAUUGGAGUUGGAUGUUCCCUACCUUGACUUGGCACCAUAUAUGCCUGAGUAUUACAAGCCACAUCACUUGCUAGACUUUGAGGAGCGUUUACCCAAUUCUGUGCAUGGUUCUGACAGCCUCUCACUCAAUUCGUACAACUCUGUCACCUCAACUAAUCUAGAAUGGGAUGAUAGUGCCAUUGCACCUUCCAGUGAGGAUUAUGAUUUUGGAGAUGUAUUUUCUGCAGCACAGUCCAUACCCAGCACUGACUGGGAAGAGGGUGAAUUGACAGACACAGUCAGCAGCUGCCCUCGAUCUGUAACCUCAGAGAGUUUGCCAUUAAACAACAAACCGAACACAAAGAGCCCAACCCUCCGCUACAAUCCUUUUAAUGGUGAGAAAACAGAGUCUCCACAUGCACCAGAAGGUAAUGUGGUGCGAAACACUGAAUCCAAGGGAGAAGAGAACACAUCAGAUAUACAGGAUGUCACCAAGAAUACCACAGAACUUGAAGUAAUCAGAUUGGCAAAGAAGAAGAGAACACCGAAAAAGAAGAGAGCGAAAUCUGAGGAGCAAAUGCAUGAAGAAAUACCGCAGUCAAAGGAAGAAGAUGCCAAGACUGAGGAAGACUGUGAUUUGGAAGCACAAGAUGAACAAAGCACAAAAUUAGAAUUGCAGAAAUCAACUGUAAUUCCUGGAACUGAGGAGACCAACACUGAGGAUAUGGUGCUCCGAGUGACUCAACGGGAGUCUGAUGCCGACGCUACCCAGCCAGGUUUACAGAUACCGCAGAUGAAGGACACGUCCAUGAGCAGCGUCGGGCAUCCUCUGAGCAAAGUAAUGGAGCAGCUUAAUGAAACAACUGGUGCCAGUGCUUGGAUGCCAGAUGAUGGUCACCCUGAGCAGCCCUUUCGGACUUGUGCCCCGGGGAACGCCCCGGAUGAGUCUCCACAUAGCGAGUAUAGUGAGCGGAUGCCACCUGCCAUGGAGUUCUACAGGUUUACCCUCGAGAGUCCAGGCGUUAGUGCAACAGGUAGCUGCAACGAUGACCUUGCAGGGGAUGGCCAACAAGAGAAUGUUUUUAGUAGCCAUGAAGCUGCUAGCACAGAAACGUGCAAAGAAGUCAUCCCUGGCACAGUAGCGACACAAGGGAUCACAGAGGAAGCUGAUGCCCCAGUGAGUCAAGAGGCAGAAAAUACUGAGACUGUUUCGGUACCCAAUAACCAGUCCGAUAAUCUAAAUGCCAAGGUGGGUGAGACUGAUCUAGAACAGUUGGAAAUUCAGACCUUGGCUUCUGAAGGUGAAGUGGAGAAUGAGGCAGCUCAAAAUAGUCCCUCAGAACUAACCCAUCCAGCUGACUUCAGGGUGGACAAUAAUCUGCUGCUUCUGCUGAUGAUUCAUGUUUUCAGGGAGAAUGAAGAGCAGCUCUAUAAGAUGAUGCAGAUGUGGACAGGUCAUAUGGAGGGGAACCUACAGUUGCUGUAUGUUCUGUUGACAGAUUGUUAUAUCUACCUGUUGAGAAAAGGAGCUGCAGACAAGCCCUAUGCAGUGGAGGAAGCAGUAUCCUACAAUGAACUUGACUAUAUUUCGGUGGGGCUUGGUCAACAGACUAUUCAGCUUGUUUGCGCUAAUCGACGGAGGCAGUUCCUGCUAGACACAGCAGAUGAAUCUCUGACUGAAUUUUUCCUCACUGCUUUGCGAUCUGCUAUGAUUAAAGGCUGCAGGGAGCCUCCAUAUCCCAGUAUCCUUAUGGAUGCCACCAUGCAGAAACUGGCACUGACCAAAUUUGUGGCCCAAGAAUCAAGAUGUGAGGUAUCUGACGUCACCAUCCACCUCUACAGUUUGAUUCACUGGGAGGAUCCCAUGGAUGUAACAGCAGGGCCUCAGAAAAACCUCUACAUGACUGUUGCAAAUGCAGUUACAAAAGAAGGAAUUCUACAUUACAAGGCUGGUACCAGCUACCUGGGCGCUCCUAUCUGGAAGCCCUCUUAUGUAGUACUCAGCAAUGGCAUCCUCUAUCAGUAUCCAGACAAGAUAGAUGUAAUGCCACUCUUGUCAGUAAACUUGGCUGGAGAGCAGUGCGGAGGGUGCCGAAGGUCGAGCACUACAGAACGCCCCCACACAUUCCAAGUGAUUCUGACAGAACGGCUUGCUUUGGAACUCAGUGCUGAGAACGAGGAGGACAUGGCCGACUGGAUGCAGCACCUUUGCCAGGCAGUGUCCAAAGGGAUUGUACCCCAGGGUGUUGUACCCUCUCCAUGCAUCCCAUGCUGCCUUGUUGUGACAGAUAGAAUGGUCCUUACAUGUCAUGAAGAUGCUCAGACCAACUUCUUCCGGUUGUUGGGCAGCGCUGAGCUAAUGAGUGUCAGUAGUGUAUCCACUGCCCCGAGCAGGGAGUAUUGUCUGAUGGAACUAUCUGAAGGUCAGAAAACUCUUCCUUGGUUCCUGUACUUUAGUUGUACUGAGGAGCUGCAGCGUUUUCUAGCUGCAUUGAAGGGUGCUUGGAGGAAGAUCUUCAAGGUUGAUCUGCCUCAAAAGUCACUUCAGGACCCUUCCAUUUGUAACAAAUGCGAUGAUGCUGUCGCGCUUAUUCGUACCACCUGGCAGCGAAGCGACAGUUUAUCUAGAGGACGCAGUGAGCGCGAUCCAUGGUGUUGAAAACUGACUCCUGAAGCACGGUAUGAAAAUGCUUGCUGCCUCUGGAUGUUUGCAUGCAGCACUUUGCCCAAUGUUAAUGGAUUUGAAGAUAGUGCAAGAGAAUGUAAAGGAAAUAAUACAAAUAUACAAGGAAAAACUCUCUGAAGAAAACCCACCUGUUGUAGAGGAAGUGAUACAAAUAUACAAGGAAAAACAGUCUCCGAAGAAAACCCACCCAUGAAUUUUUCAGAAUGCUUCAACGUUAUAAAUAAUUGGAAGAGAUUGAGGGGAUGGAAACCUGCCCACUGAGGUGGGUAACAGACGUGACACUCAGUCCAGAUUUGGAAACGUACAUAUUGAUUAUUUUUGCUCCUCCACCUAAUGAAUAUCCUAUCUCUUAGAAGUUGUAUUCUUGCAGCAUGAGUGUCUGCUUUUGAAAGAAUUUUUUUGGAGAGACUUCGGAACAAAACAGAUAUUUCUUCAAAACAAGGCAGAUCUUUCCUGCUGGGGGAACAUGAAUGGGCCAAGAUUGAGGGAGCACAGGAAAAAAAUGUGCUGCUUCUUUGAAGGAAACAUCUGUUUUUCUAAAAUGGUGCAAUGUGACUUGGUCAGUAUCCUUGUGUAUGAGGCUCUCUGCACCAGUUUUGACCUCUAGUUGUGAAAAGUCUUGUCUGCAGGUUUUAGUUUCUUCAGAAGCAAUUGUGAUCCUGAAGAACUGACCAAAAAGAUUUGGGUAUCAUCAUCUGAUGCAUGCGUAACUGCAUGGAGGACUUUCAAAAAAUUUUAUAGAAAGACUUAUUCAUUUUGGUAUAUUAUUUAGAUUGACUGCACAUCAACCACUUUUCUAUGGCUGAUGUUUAACUUCUAAAUAAUAUUGGGUUGUGCAAAGUCCUAAAGUCAGUGUCUAUAGUGGCUCCUUUGUGACUUCCUUCCUACUAAGCUGGAGAAUCUUGCACAAGAGAUUUUAUGAUUAACAGGAAUCCUGUGGACUAUAAAUCAUGUCUUCAUGCCUGAUCAUGUAACCACAAUGCACCCUUCCCUUCAAACUGCGGGGUGUUAUAUCGAAUGAUGCAGUUUGAAUGCAAAUCUUCGAUGAGAUGUUGGGUAGACAUGAACAGAUUUGUUACUGGGUAACAUCAGCCUUAGACUGAAAGCCCUUUUACUGCUCAGUCAUUUGAAAAGAGCUGUGUGUAAGAAAUUGUAAGCAGGCUAAGGGUGAAUGAAAACACAAAUGCCUAUAGAUGCUGGAAAUCUGAAAUAAUAAAAACAAAAUGCAGGGAAUACUCAGCAGGUAAAACAACAUCUGUGGAGAGAGAAGCAAACUUAAUGUUUUGAUAGUAACUAUUCAUCAAAAUGAAAUGUUAAUGCUGUUUCUCUAUCUGGGUGCUGCAUGAUUUACUGAGUAUUUCCGGUCUUUCCUAUUUAUUAACUGUUGAUAAUUCAUAACUUGAGGUAGAUGUUGUAAUUUAUCACCUAUAUAUGAAUCCAGAGUUUCCUCCAGUUUUUCCAAAAUGGUUUAGUCAACUAAAGUUGCAUUGCCAAUCUGGAAGUGGCUAUGCUGUUGAUAGUGUAAUAAUGUUCAAUUAUGUAACUGCCGACACUACUCUAUUUAAGAACCACUCUUCUGGGUGAGUUAAUGUUUGGAGCAGCAUGUCUGAAAGGCAGAUCAAUGGUUUCUUGGAUGGAGGUGACAAGUGGGGCUGCUUUAAGCUAUACAAAUCACAGGAUCCAUAUUCACCCUUAAAACUAACACUCAGCCAGUAAUUACCUGUGUAAUAUAACCAUACAGAAUUCUCAUUUUAUGACUGACAGUCUCCGGAAUAUGCUGCAAAUGCAUUAUAAUAUAUAUUGCAUGUCCCCACUUGGUGGCAGUAGGUCAAUAUUGCAUUAAUUUUUUGUAGAUCAGCUUCCUCUUCAUGUCACCUGAAGUUACAGCCUCUAAAUCUUUGUUUUUUUUUUAAUUUCUGUUAUUCUAGAGAGAUAAUUUUCAGUCUAUAAGGUUAGGUGGUUGUAAAUGAGAAUUUUUUAGAGUGUAGUGAGCGUCCAUCUCUAUGUACAAGUAUAUUAAUUGUGCAGCCUGACAGAGGUGUACACCUGCUCCGUAGUUCAAGACUGCAUUCCACUUCCCUUACGAAUACAGUGUGAGGUUAACCAGUUAGUCAACUGUUGGAGAGUUGCUGAUUCUAAACAGAAUCCACUCCAAGUUAGGCUUUAAGUAAAUCAGUAUCCCAGCAAGACCAGAUGCCAAUGAAACCCACUCCUUGUCAGGAAUCUGAAUUUCUUGAAAUGUCGCUUUAUUAAAAGCCUGUGCCCGUGGAAUCUGGACCCAGAGUUAGUGUCUAAAGGGAAGCUGUACUCUAGUACACUCUUGCACCUUUGACCCAAAAAAUAUGUAAAAAAUUUGAUUUGUGUCUUAAUUUUGCUAAUCUCCCAUGUCUCUUUUCCCACCGCCCCCUUCCAAAUAUGUAAAUAGGAUUAGUGACAUCUGGCAGUAUUUGAGAGAAAUCUUAACUCAAUGCUUGUAACCAAGCCACUGAAACCUGAUAAUGGAAAGGUCAUCUGAUCAGCCAACGUCAAAAGCAAAGGCUGACCCACAUGUAAAACUGCAAAGUUGUGGUGAGGCAGGAACAGUGGGAUGGGUUUACAUAUGAAAUAGGCUGCUACAAUAACAAAUCCUAAUGAUUGCAAGCACUUUAAAAUAAAAAUCAGCAUUUCAGCCUUUGUAUAUGAACAUGUGGAAUGAUUGUCGAAGUAGAAUAAUAGAGGAAAUUAUUGUGCACUGGAGAAAUCAAGUUUCUUUGACUAGGUCUAUAGAAUGGGUUGAAUGAUGUUUUUCAUAUCUGUACUCGCAUGUCGACCUAAAUUGAAAGUACAAGUUAUUUCCACUAACAGCCAUCAGUACUGUGUUAUACAGAUCAAGAUGUUUGCAUUUAGUUCUUUGGUUCGGGCAGAAUAUAGAAGUGUGUUAUUGGUUGAUGUUUACUAAUCACAGUGCAAAAAUAUACAUCUUCCUCAUCGCUAAACUGGAUCAAAUUACGUAGAUUCAUCAACCUUCAGACGUGACGAGCAAAACCCUGUCCCAUCAGAGCAGGUUUUUUUGAACUUGCUUUUGCAUGUGUAGAUAGUUUUUACUUGUAUGCCAAGUUUAAAAGGUAAAGUAGUAACAAAGUACACGUCAGCUAAUUACUAAAUGUAACAGAGAUAAACAAAUAUGUACUAAAUAAAACAAAACCACUAAAAAUAAAGGCAAGAAAGACAAGUUGAUAAAUUCCUCAGAAAUCAGGUAGUUAAUAUCUUUUUGAAUGCACCAACAUUGGAAGUAUGGAAGGACUCCAGACUCUUAAGCUGUAUAUUAACACUGCAAGUCUCAAAGGUUGUAAGAACAGAAAUAUUCUGGCACACUUCUGCAUUUUCAAUCUAAGUAUGUGACAUAUUAAAAAAAAAUUAUAACUUAAACCCUGCUCGGUGGAUUGCACCAUUUCCCUGUAUCCUUGGUGUUGCAUUGCAGAAACUGAAAUGAUGGGUUCAGACUAAAACUGUGACCCACGCCAGUAAAUGAUGUCUUCCACAAGUAUUUUCUGUCAGCAGAAUAGUUAAAUGCUGAUUCUACAAAAUUCUUGUUACUGCUUUUUACAAACAAUGAGAGCUUGAGUAGAUUGCCAGAGCUUACUUUCAUCUGUCCAACUUUAACGCUUCAUUUUAUACUUGUCAAAGCAAGGAAAGUUAGUUAUCUGAAAUGGAAUGCUGUAUCAAAGCAGGAUAUAAGCUUAUGUUGCACGUUCCUGAAGUAAUUUGGGUGAUUUUUCAGAUACAUGGUUUACUAAAGUUUAGGCAAAACCCAGAAUCUCUCAGGAAUUUUACUGACCAUAAGUAACAUCGUUCACUUGGAUGUAAAUUGGCAGAUGUGUAAAUUUUACUUGUGGCUUUACUCAGCUGUAAGAUGUUAUGCUGAGAGCCAGAUGUCAGCACAGUGAUUAAGUAUUAUAUUGCCUUUUGAAUGAGAUGUGGAACCCUGACCCCUCACAUCUUCUCAGGUGCAUGACACUUUUCAAAGGGAAGGGAGUUUGUGAACUAAACAGUAACUCUUAAUCAACACCAGCAAAAGAAAGCUUUACUGGUCAUUAAUCUCAUUGCAUUUUGUGAUACUUCAGUGUCUUAAAAAUGUGUUCCUCUAUUUGGCUAGACUUCCAAGGUCCUGAAUUUUCCAGGACUUUUUUUUUUUGGGGACAUCCUGAGGCUAUGGGUGAUAAAUGCAAUUUAUUUCUCCUCUCUUUGAGGAGAGGAAAAGGGAAAAUUUGCUGGACAAAAAUGGAUAACGUCGUUAAAGUGCAAUUACAAUCUGAAAAGUUACUUGUGUAAUAGGGCAGGACGGUAGUAUUCCACUGCACAAAUGAACUUGGUCUACAGUUAUCAUGUAAGAUUAAUAAGUAUUGAAAAAGACUGCUGAAGUACUUUAGGUCCGGUACACGUUAAGCUCACCCAGUUAGGUUGGUUGUUCAUCUGCAGUAAGUUGUGUUCCCAUGGUGGUACAGUUGAUCCAAUGAACAAAGCUGAGUUCUAUAAUGUACAUCACACGGUCAUGAAGAGAGCAGUUUUGUACUCCAUACAUACUCAUACAGUCGCAUGUUCAAUGUGAUAUCUGAGAAUUUGCCCCCUCCUUUACUGGAUUCUUCAUGUAAGAAUUUGUAGCAUUAGCUGAGGUUUAUACCAUGAAGUCUCUCACUGCAGCAUUGGGAUAUCCUCGUACAGCCUCUUAAUCAUUUUGGUUUGAGCUUAGCCCAUUCUCUGUUCUGUUCAUCUUCCUUUGAGUAAGAUGUGUAAUCCAGUCGUCUCAAUGACAUUUUACAUACAUUUUUAGAUAUUCUUGACUUGGAUAUAAAUAACAGAUUUUAAAAGUACUAAUAACAGCAUGAUUUAUGGUCCAUUGUGGACUAAUGAUUCUGCUAAAUAAAUUUCAUUAUCAGUGCAUUAGACCGUGGGAACAACAACAAGUGCUUUUAAAAAAGGGAGUUGUUAAUUUCUUGUACAAAGUGACAGCGUUGCCAUGGUUCUAUAUGGUUGUUUUUUGGUGCCACUGGAUUGCUAAUUGGUGGUCCAGUGGUGGGAUAUUUACUAAUAUUCUUGGUGGCCCUCACUCUUAACUGAGUGCGCAGCUAAGUAGUUGAUAGUGGAUAAUUUAAAGCUAAAGUUAGGGUAAGGAGCUGUUCAGAAUCUGAGUUGAUCUCAGCCUGGCUUCUUGUUGCUGCAUAGCUAACAAAUUGUCCUGCUGUGAGACUGGAGGUGUACUGAAGUUAAAAUCUUCACAUCACCUGUAUGAUAGGUUCUUCACUGCAUUCUGUACAAGUGAAAUGCCUUCUACUGAGUGCAGUACAGUCUGUUUACAGCAAAAUAAAGCACUUGUUACUUCAUAGAAUAGUUACUUCAUAUUUAGUCAGACAAGCUAUAUAACUUGGGUAUAGUCCAUUAUUUACAUUUGAAACGAGAGGACAGAAGAGUAUGCAUUUGCUGUAACUUUCAAUAUCGAGAGUUUUUUUUUCCUGAUUUAACUAUAGGGUGUGAAAAUGUAUAGCUAUUGCUUCCUCAGGUUCCGUACCCUCAGUCUCAAUAUAGUUACGGUGAAGUGUUAAACAUUUGCAUUAUGGAAACUGAUGGUCUGAGAAAAGUCAAGAAAAGUUAGUUAAAAUCACAAUCAAGACUGUUAAUUUGCCUUUGUAUAGAAAAUUAUGUAAGUUUUGUAAAGUAUAUUUUGCUAUUUAAUACAUAAAACACAUAAUGGAUCUAAAUCUCAAAGUUGAAAGCAAUAAUCAUGAAGUCGUCCUAUUAAUGAUGAAUUGGGUAAUUUCUCAUUUAAUUUUUUUGGAACUAUUUCUGCUCAUCUGUGGGACAACUGAAAAUGGAUAUCAAAAUUACACAAAUUAUGUAAGCACUAUAAAUACUGUAUCUGUUGUCAAGGAGGCCCAGCCAGUUUCCAGUAUUAGGCAAAUGAAGCUGGCUUGAUUCAGUAUUCCUGCCUUUGCAGAUAUUUUAAUAUUGAUGCAUAAUGACAUUAAAAAGAUUCUCUAAUUUUGAAUGUUACAGCUCUUGCUGCUUAAUUAAAGCCUAAGUAAACUACAGGUUUUUAAGGAGAGAUCACUACUUGCACAAUGUCCUCUAACCUAGGUGUAAAUUUAAUUCCCUGGCAGCCUUUGUAAACCCCGAUAAUGAUGUUUAAUGGUGCAUGUUUGGUGUUUGAACCAUGUAAAUGAAGUGUUUAUUGUAUAUAAUAACUUGAUGUAAAUAGAAUGGAAUUAAUAAAAUGGUGUUCGUCUCAAUUUUUCCUCAUUUGCGUAAAUGCUGUUUU